UUGAAGUAUAGAGAUAAAUGGGAGAACCUUUCGGAAGCUUAUCUGGUGUGGUCGUUACGACGGUGUUUAUUUACCCAAAUAUAUCUGUAUUUAUUUAAACCUAUCUAUUGGAAAUCUUAAGUUUUGUCGGGUGAACGAUGACUAGUAUAUAGAUUUUUGAAGUCCUAGUUUAUAUAAAAGUCACUAAACAAACGAUUGGGAAUAUUUUUACAGUUUGUGUCAUUGCGUCGGGAAUUUUUUUUCUUUUUUGAACGAAAGAGAAUCAGUAGCGGUUAUUAAGAAAGGUGGACUGACUUGAACAAAUACAUUUAAAUGUAGACUUAAGAGUUUAUACAACACUGGAUAAAUACAAUUUAAGAAGCAAGAAAAAUAAGAUAGGAUUAAAUGUUUUCCUUCGAUCUUUUGAAUAGGUGCAAGUGUGUUUUGAUCGAGAUUAGGGCUUUAAAGGAAUUAAAAGUAUAAUUUAAACAAUAUUUAUAACGCGUCAUAAAAUAAUUCAGUGUGAAUUUUUAGUGGUUUAUAUAAUAAGAUCAAGGGAAGGAUUUUAGUGCAAUAUUGUUUACAGUAUUGUCACAUACACCAUGUUUAUUCUAGUUAAAUACGGUAACAAUGAGACGCUGCUAUGUAACCCUAGCUGUGCAGUAAUUAAUUUAUUAACCAGUAUUAAAAGAAGGGCAGGUUACGAGAAUACAAAUGUAACAGUGGAUAUAGCAGACGAAACAGGCCUCGUAAAAGAAUUAGACACCCAUAAGACUGACCAUGCCAACAAGCACCUGACGUCACACGCCACAUAUGUUCUCGUUCGGAAAGAGAUUAUGCGAGAAGAUACGCUUCUCGAUCCCAACUCAACGCCACUUCCGCCACAAUAUACUUACAUCCCUUUAUUAGAAAAAUACGAUGAUCAUUACCCAAAUUUCAACAUCAGAUCUGCAGAAAUUCAAAAACCACUGAAAACAAAAUCAAGGGCUGGGAAGUCACCAAGUCCAGCCGGAAGAUAUUCUACAAAACAGGGAGCCAAAAAACUGCCAAGCGGGAAGGUCACAACCAAACGGAAAUAAUUAUACAUUAUAAGCCAUCAUUUAUAUUAGCUUAAUGCAGAAAACAGUCAAUUAUCAUUUCUUUUAAUUUUCGCGAUGUCGAAAUUUAUAUCUAUUUAAGACUGAAAAUCAGGCAAACCUUUGUAAUCUGUACAUGCACUUGUUGAACAGAUGUAGUGAGGAUUAGUAACUGGCGUUGAUACAGUCUCCGUUAAACGUCGGGAAAGUAAUUUAUAUAUUAAUGUUCCUAAUUGAAAUUUGUGUAUAUCAGUCGCCCCGUCAUUAUUAAUUACAUGACUAAUUUACAGCCGACUUUAUUGGUUGUAUAAGACUUUUGCUUGUUUUCUGUGCAUUAUUUCCAGUACAGUCGUGCACCUGACUAAAACCUACGUGAAAAAAUACGUUUGUUAAAAACUCCACAAAAAAUGUUAUAUAUGAUUUAACACCCACCAUGUUGUAGCCGGAAAUAAUUAGCUUUAUACAUCAGUAUAUAGUCAGGUCAUCUAUGUACCCUUGAUCUUUCUCUGAUGAAGUGAAUGCUAUUUAUGAAUAUGUGUAAGCAUUCUUGCCGAAUAUAUUUAUAGAAUUGCAUACAACCGGUUAUUCUUAAACAGUUGAUUUUGUUUUAUUUCAGUUUAUUAAUUUAUGCUCGAUUUUGUAGAAAGUUUGUAGCUAAUUAGAAAUGCUCGAUUCCGUUUCAUAGAAAUAGCCAUUAGUAUUGUCAUAUAGAGAAAUGUAAUCGCGAUUCUAGUAGGACUAGGACUACUGUCACCUCAAUAUACAGGCAGAUACUUCCUUGCUUUAGUUUUCAAAUACGUCAUAAAUUGUACGAUAAAAAGACAUAGGUAUGUUCGGUCGUCCCCGAGUUGAAAGGAUAAUAAAUAAUCUUUUAGCGCAAUUUGGUCGUAGUGAAUAUUAUAGUGUCCUGUAACCGCGGGUCAAUAAAAAGUCAGUAAUAGUAACUUUCUAUUGCGAAAUAAAAAUAGCAAAUGCAAUUUUAACUGCAAUUUUAAAAAUUAUUGAAGAGUAUAUGGAUUUUGUAAGCAUGAAGUCCAUUAGAAAGUACCAUGAAUUAACGAAUAUUUUUAAAUGAACCAAAAAGAUUUACUCUUUCCUAGUUACUUUAAAAGCCAUGAAAAUUGCUUCGUUGAACGGUUUUCAGCGUUUUUCAUUCUUACUGAUGACGUUACACAAAUAUUGAAAACAUUCAAUCUUAAAUACCCCAUAUCUUUAAAAACAAAAUCAUUUUUGAAGUAUGACGAAAUGUUGACGUUGAUGUAUCUUAAAAUGAUUUAUUACCGUUUUUGUGACUUUUUAAAAAAAAUAAUGCCGCUCCUCA